ACAUCACCAAAAGGCCAAUGAACAUGAGCUUAGACGUUGUUAUCGGGUAAAUAUAAUCAUUUUUCGUCCUGUUUUAAAGUAUAAAGCGUCUGUAUUAUUUUUUCUUUAUUCAUAAUUCACUGUUACUUACAACCUAAGAGAAGGAUGGCUUGUAACUAUUCAUUAGACACUAUUGUGUUUCUUACCGUCUUGUGCUACUCAACAGCAAGUGAACCCGAUAUAGAGCCGGAUUGUUUAAAAUUCAAAUAUGACAAACAAAUGUUGGAGACAAUGGUUAGAAUUGAAGCUAAAAUGAAUCAGUGGGAUAAAGAAAAGGAAAACUUUAAAGAGAACAUGUUGGAACUUAGGAAGGCGGAAAUGAAACGAGAGUUUGCGAAACAAAAUGAACAGAUUGGUCAAAUACUUGAUGACUACAAGAAGAUCCGUGAAGAACUCAAUUACAUAACAGCUCAGUUUGAAAAGGUUGCUGGUAAUUUCACAAAAACACCGAAGAUAGCGUUUAAUGCAUAUACAAGGUCCGGUAGAAACUAUGACAACGUCCAAACCAUCGUUUUCCCUGAUGUUUUACUCAACGAAGGUGGUGGAUAUGACAAAAUCACUGGAAUGUUCACAGCACCUGUGACUGGUCUGUACUAUUUCAGCGUUCACAUUUGUCACGAAGCAGCAAAAUUUGUGGUCGCAGCUAUUGUUCACGGACAUACUAGAGUCGCAGUUACAAGUGAAUAUGAAACAUUAAAGGAACUUGUAGCUCGGUCAUGGCUCCGGUAAAAAUGUCGGUUGGUGAACGCGUGUACGUAAAAUGUACACAUCCUAGCGUGUUGCGAGCUGAUUCACAAUAUAGGUGGCCGUCCUUCACCGGUGUUCUUUUGAAUAUCUAAAAAGAUGUCGGACUUUUGACAUGCUUGACGAUAUUUCUCUUUUCAGACGAAAAUUCAAAUUGUUAAGAUACAUAUUAAAGUUUCUUUGUGCUGUUAUAUAACAGCAACGUACUCUAUAAACCUGAUAAAGACCACAUACCUGGAAACAUGUCUAACCCUAAACACACACAUUUUAUUGUAUCAUAUUGAAUUUUUCAUUACUCUUUCGUAUAAAAUAUAAAUAAUUUAUGUUCUAAUAAGCUUAACGGCUGUUUAAAUAUUAAAUUCUUUUAUUGUUUAAAAUUAAUAACCAUUGAUUACAUUGUCGAGUAUUAUGAAAUGAAUGUCAAGUUUAAGGCACAUUAUGCCUCAGAAACAAAUUAAUUUUUACAUCUUUAGAAAGUGCAAACAUCAAUGGUAUAAUGUUUAGAUAUGUCACAUGCUUUUUACCUUACAAAAAUAACGAUAAAUGUGAAAUUAUUUGUCAUUAAAGUUGUAAAAUGUAACAAAGUAGCAUUCUGACUUCCAUACAAACUAGUAAUGUACUAAAACUGUACUCAUUGCCAAAAAGCAAGAAAUGAAAAAUAUGAUUAAUGUAAUUGGCAAACGAGUAACUUUUUGGAUAAUAUUAUAAAACCAAUGUUAAAAAGUAUUUGAGAAUUAAAAUUAAAUUGGUCUAUUAAAAUACGUUAGCAGUAUGAACCUUACGGCACCUAACACUUUGAGCUAAAACGUUUUAUCAUCGUACUUUUAAUUAUAUUUUUAUGAAAUUAACUCAUAUUUCUACACCAAAUAAUGUAUUGGAUAAUCCGGUUUAAGAUUCUGAUUGUAAACUUGUACUUGAGAAGGUGUUUUACUUUUGUAUGCAUACUUAAUUACUUCUCAUCUUAAGAAUCAUUUCAGGCCAGUUGUUCAGCGAUGUUACUGAUUUGUAAAAUGUUGCCACACAUGUCAUUUGCGUGCUUAAACAAUUAACUUGUACUGGCGGAUAAUUGUUGUAGCUCAACUUUUAUAGAAACAAAAUACAGGCAUGUCAGCGUUGCCGUUGCCAAUGCAAUUGCCCGUUGCAGUUGCCGUUGCUGUCCGCAAACUUGUACCUUGAUCAUAACAUAAAGUUCUUUGUAUUUUGUCUUCAUUCUAAGAUGCAACAAUCCUUGGGAUAAGACUCCUUUGUACAGCGGUAUAAGCUUUAUCUUCAUCUGUAAUUGACAUUGACAUUCAAUGUCAAUUGUCCGUAUUUUGCUUGUUGUUUUUUUAUUUGCUAUAAGUGACUGUGACGAGGUCCAAUUAAUGAAAUUCACUUUAUUUUCUACUGUAACUGGCUCUAGCUUUGUUAUAUAUAUAUAUAUAGAAAUGAGAGAAUAUAUACACACAUACCACCACAUCGAUAUGCCAGUCCAAUUACGGCACAGCGCCUAGCAGAACAGUCAUGAAAGCAUAGCCACUGCUAUAUAUUAUUUUCAAUGAUUAUCGUUAUAAGUGGAUGAAACUUAAUUGAUGUAUUAAUCAGUAAUAAGUCGUUCAGCAAAUUCGUGAACCCGUCCUCUACCAUGUCAAUCGGUGAAAAUAAAAUAUCGUCUGCUUUAUCAUUUAUGACGUCACGAUUGUAAAUUAUGCGCGAUGUGAACGUGAUGCUCUUUUCCCCCUCUUAAAUGAUGUUUCUGAUCUACUAUUUUGCAUUUGAAUAGGAAUAUGUUUUGCAAUCUAUUGGAUCGAGAGCAAUCCUUGAAAGAGUAGCUUGAUAAUAGAAAUUUUUCGAAAUAUGUUAUUUUCUUGAAAUCGACAAAGUUCAAUAAAAGUUAAUCAAUAGUACUUUAAACCUUGACCGGAACAGAAGGUAAACUUGUCAGGUUGAUAACAAAUGCGGCAGUUAGCUAUUAACAAUACCAUGAACUUGAUUGAUAUAACUCGACUAAUCGCUUGACACAAUGAUCUUUGAUCUUUCGUUGUUAACACAAAUGGGAUAUUUGUAUAUAAAAAGCAAUAGCAUUUUGAUCUAAACAUUUAUCAUUAGUAAUCAAAUAUUCAGCAUCAGCAAAUCUGCUAUCUGAUCGUCGGUGAUAUACUGUUACACUGUUUAUUUCAUAAACUUGUAUAUUUAUUUAUUUAUUUUUCUUGUUAAAAGGAAGUCUUCCUUGUUUACAUACAAAUGAUCAUUAUAGAAAUAUGUCACUGUAGAAAACAAUGCUUUAAUGUAUAUAUUUUGUGUUUAACUCUUUAACACUGUCGGAAAAAGAUAUACAAGGAAUAAUAUAAUUAAAGGCCCAUUAUGCCUUAAAAUACUAUAAGUUUUAUUUCACAAAAGCGUUUAAAUGAAUGGUAUAUUAUAGAUUCAAAGGUAAUUUACCAUAUUGAUAGACUAUCUUUGCUUCUUUUGCUUUGUUAGCCAUUGGUAUAAUUGUAGUGAAUAAGUAUUUUGUAUGGAAAUUAUAAAACUACAUUGUUGCUACCUUUAUGACAUAUAACUGCACAUCCAGCUCUACUUUCUUCUAGCAUCAUUUUUAAGGCCAUGCAAUUUAAGUCAUAUUGAAAACAUAUUUAGGUGGAGAAAAUAACACAGAUAUUAUUUCUAAAAUUAAGAUACACGUAUACUUAAAAUCACAAAUUAAUGUUGCUAUAAAUAGAUUACGCAUAAUGUUUGAAUUUAUUUCAUUUCAUGUGGGUAAAGGUUGCACGUAAUGUCUAAAUUUAUUUCAUUUGACUUAAA